CAAAGGAGAAAGGGGGCAUUGCGCCUUAAUUAUUGUUAGGGGCUCGGAGCUUCUUCAUCGCCCAUAAUUCCAAUCCUUCUCAGUUUCCUCUCCUUCUGCCUGCCUGCCUGCACACUUCUCCGCUUCUCUAACGAUUCUCCUGCAUCUCCACCGUGCACGCCCCUCUCUCACUUCUGAGGCAGAACAUGAUAAAUCUAUUUAAAAUAAAGGACAAGAAAAAUCAAGAUGCAGAAAGUGCUAAUGGAAGACAUCCUGUAAAGAAGCAAAGUGCAGGAGAGUUGCGCCUCCAUAAAGAUAUAAGUGAGCUGAACCUGCCAAAAACGACUACCAUAUCUUUUCCCAAUGGGAAGGACGAUUUGAUGAACUUUGAGAUAAACAUUCGACCUGAUGAAGGAUAUUAUUUGGGAGGUAAAUUUUUGUUCACUUUUCUAGUUCCUUCGUCAUACCCUCAUGAACCGCCAAAAGUCAAGUGCAAGACAAAGGUUUACCACCCUAACAUUGAUUUGGAGGGAAAUGUUUGCCUAAACAUUUUACGGGAGGACUGGAAGCCUGUCCUUAAUAUAAAUACAAUUAUUUAUGGACUUAAUCAUCUUUUUACGCAACCAAACCAUGAGGAUCCUCUGAACCACGAUGCUGCUGCCAUUCUUCGUGACAACCCGAGGUUGUUCGAGACAAAUGUGAGAAGGGCGAUGGCCGGAGGCUAUGUGGGCCAGGUACACUUUCCCCGUUGCAUCUGAUUAAAACCUUCCUGAUCCACUGUGGCAAGAUAGUUGGAAUGCCCGAGCAACUCUGCUUUGGCUGCUGCUAUAGCUUUCUGUGAAAUAGCACCCUCAUGUUCUUGAAAAUUACUUUCUCUCUUUAUUUUGGGUGAAUAUGGCAUAGCUAGUUAUGAUUCAGAACUAUGCUUGUAUUUAUUACUCUAUUUUUCUCUCUAUUGUAUUAAGUGCUGAGUUUAGCUGGGCUUGACUAGGAAUUACAGUAUUAUGGAAUGUUGAAUAUCCU